AUGGUCAAGGUCGACAAGCAAGCUGCAGGUUUCGAUGAAGGACGCCCGACGGUCGCAGAUCUCUAUGGUGACAAUCCAUUCGCGCAAGCUGCCAAACAGCACUGGUUAAAGGAGAAGCCGUCAAAAUUUAGGCCAGAUGCCUUGAAGACGGAAUUCUAUGAUGUAUUGGAGAAGGAUGGGUUUCGAUUUAGGUCUUUAUUGAUCUUGGAGAAUCUACAGUUCUUGGAAAAGUUCCUGUGGCCCAAUUUCUCGGAAGAUUCCUCGAAUUUUCAUAUCAUCUUGAUCGCGUUGAUGGUAAACGUGAAGCGGAGAGAGAAUCUGGGGAUCUGGGAUCACAUCUCCGGAUCGCCCGAGAACUUCUCAACCCUGUUUCGCCGUAUUCUGUCCAUUCUCGUACGGAAGGAAUGUGCACCGUUGGUCUCGAUAGGAAUAUGGCACAAUCUAUCUACCGAGGAAAUCCGGGAGGCACGAUUCGACAAAUAUCCCCAAACAAAGAAAGCCUGGAGAGCAGCUAAGAAACGUUAUGAAGCAUCGGAUGAUAGUACUCAGGCAAGAUUAAGGUUCGAGAGGAUGUGGCUUUUCCAGAUGAUGUUAGAUUUUCUGAACCUCAUGUGGAAGCCUGUAGAGGGAGAUGAUCUAAAACAGACUUUGACUUAUUGCGAACGCUUUAUCGAGCUUCUUACCGACCUCGAAUCUCAGCUCCCCACAAGGCGCUAUGUCAACUUUUUGGUUAAAGAUCUUCACAUCCUUACCGCCAUUAAAUUGUCACCUUUUUAUGCUGGUUCGGAAAACGGCCUUUUCCGAGAUCUCUAUGCUCUCCUUGCUCAUUAUGUCAAUUUUUCAAUUGACGACCAUUCUGGUCUCCAACUUUCCCAACAAGAAUCACGACAAAAUCAUAAUUCAGACCUCGCGAAACUUCAGAGAACAGCUUUCAAGCAUUUCAAAGACAAGCUAACCAUUCUUGCUCUUGCCAAUUACGGAAGUAUAGGACAAAGGGAUGAGCUUGCGACCCAUCUUACAGAACUAGACGACGAAGAAGUUGCGAGAUUGUGUCAAUUGCUUGGAUUACGAACAGACUACCCCAAAAAUGUAGCUGUACCUGUAGAUCGUGUAUUCUUGACAGAAGCACUGCUCGCUGUUCAUGAGAGGAGAAAGACCUUCCAAGAACAGGCUAAAGAGCUUCCUGUGCUGCCGAACCAGAACACUCUUUUUGAGUCGUCUCUUCUCCGAAACGAGUACUACGACGGGUCUCGACCUCUAGCAAUCCCGAAACUCAAUCUCCAAUACUUGACCGUGGGCGACUUCUUGUGGAGAUCUUUUAUCCUUUACCGAUGCGAGGCAUUCUUUGCAAUCCGAAGGGAUAUCGAGGACUCAUUACACCGGUUACAGCCUAAACUCCAAUACCCAAGCAUGCAAACCCAGUUUCAUGGAUUCUCCAAGAUGGCGCUUUUGAUCAGCAGGCCUUCAAUCCUCGAGACUGCACCCCCCCGUGUCGGUGAAGAAAAGCCGGCUUAUGUUCGCGCGGAGAUUAGUAUUGAUCUCAGCCGACUUUCUGAUGAAGUUCGCCGUGACUGGGAAACCCUGCGACAAGAUGAUGUUGUUUUUCUCCUCGCGGUGAAGGGUAUUGAUGAGGGUGAUAAGAUGAUCACUAAUGGCGGGUCAGAAAAACUGAGCACUGCAGAGAAGUUCGGAAUUAAGUGUUUGAGAGCCGCAGAAGUUAUGCAAGUGCUCGACCAGGACGGAAGACAGUUGAGGAGUGGUGAGGGGCAAGUCAGGAGAUCAGGUGGAAGAUGUAGGUUGCACGUCAAACUAGACACGGAGAUGUAUAGGAUUGAUGCGGAUCAUAUCAAGGCUGGCAAACCGGACGUCUAUGACUCCAUUAAUGUAUUAAUCAAGAGAAAGGGCAGGGAGAAUAACUUCAAGCCGGUACUGGAGUCGAUCCAGGAGCUUACGCAAGCGGACAUUCCCAUGCCACUUUGGCUGCAGGAGGUCUUCUUGGGAUAUGGAGACCCAGCUGGUGCGAACUACACUAAGCUUCCAAACCGUCCCAAGACCCUUGAUUUCCGUGACACAUUCGUUGAUUGGCAACACCUAUUGGAAAGCUUCUCGGGAAUGAACCUUCAACCAAAAGAAGGCACCGAGGAAGGAUGUAGUCCUCCAUAUGUCCUCUCGGAUAAGCCAUCCCAGGAACAGUCUAGGCCCGUAGCUAAGAAACGUAGAAGAGAAAUUAUGGAGACUGUUGAAAAUGAUGCCCUUGAAGUUUCAACAUAUAAACUCCCGAACAUGGGGCCUUACCCUGUUGACAAGCCGCGCACCAACCACAUCAAGUUUACCCCGGCACAGGUUGAAGCAAUUAGAUCUGGAACCAAUCCCGGUCUUACCGUCAUCGUCGGGCCUCCUGGCACUGGUAAAACUGAUGUUGCUACUCAAAUUAUUAGUAAUCUUUACCACAACUUCCCGACGCAGAGGACACUGUUGAUUGCACACAGUAACCAAGCGCUGAACCAGUUGUUUGAGAAGAUUACUGCUUUAAACAUUGAUGAGAGGCAUCUGUUGAGACUGGGUCAUGGUGAGGAGGAUUUGAAAACGGAUACUAAUUAUAGUAAGCAAGGCAGAGUGGAAUCGUUUAUGGAUAAUCGUGUUCGAUUACUCGCUGAAGUAGACCGAUUGGCGCUUUGUAUGGGUGCCCCGGGUGCCCACGGUGAUUCAUGUGAGACUGCAGGCUACUUCAACCUCGUUUACAUUCUACCAGCCUGGGAGAAAUUUCAAGAAGACAUUUCCGGUGAUGACAUAACCUCUGAAAAGAUCUACGAUGCCUUCCCUUUCCACAGCUACUUCUCCAAUGCCCCCGAAAAGAUGUUCCCAGACAAUGCAACCGCCGAGGAAAUGAUCGAGAUUGCGGAGGGCGGGUAUAGACAUAUCUCAAGGUUGUUCUCAGAGUUAGAGGAGAUCAGACCUUUUGAGCUAUUGAGGACUGCCAGGGAUAGGCAGAAUUAUCUGCUUACUAAGGAGGCGAGGAUUGUUGCUAUGACUUCGACCCAUGCGGCUAUGAAGCGUGGUGACAUUGUCAAGCUAGGCUUCCACUAUGAUAACGUAGUGAUGGAGGAAGCCGCACAGAUCACUGAAGUGGAGACGUUCAUCCCCCUAGCCCUUCAAGCUCCUAGAGAUGGGGAGCUACCUUUGCAGAGAGUUGUGCUAUGUGGUGAUCAUUAUCAAAAUUCCCCCAUUGUUCAGAAUAUUGCGUUCCGUCAGUACGCAAACCUGGAACAGAGUCUUUUUGCCAGACUGGUUAGACUGGGUGUACCCACAGUGAACCUUGACCAACAGGGUCGUGCGCGCCCAAGUAUUGCACAGUUGUACAAUUGGCGUUAUCGUAACCUUGGAAACCUUCCAUUGCUGGAUCAAGAGCCGGAAUAUCAGACUGCAAAUGCUGGGUUUCAACACGAAUUUCAAUUCAUCAAUGUCGAGGACUAUAAAGGCCAAGGGGAACAGGAACCUGUACCCCAUUUCAUUCAGAAUCUCGGGGAAGCAGAAUACGCGGUCGCUGUGUACCAGUACAUGCGUCUUUUGGGCUACCCUGCUGAGAAGAUCACUAUUCUCACAACAUAUGUGGGGCAGAGAGCACUCAUCAGGGAUGUUUUGAAUCGCCGCUGCGCACGUAGUCCUCUGUUUGGCCUUCCAGCCGCACUCACUACCGUCGAUAAAUACCAGGGCGAGCAGAAUGACUACGUUAUCCUCUCGUUGGUACGCACAAAGCGUGUCGGAUAUCUCCGUGACAUCCGUCGCAUGACCGUCGCUCUUUCCCGUGCACGUUUAGGGCUCUACAUCCUCGGAAGACGCCAAGUUUUCGAAUCCUGCUACGAACUCUCCGAGGCCUUCAACAGGCUCCUCGAGAACAAAAGUGACAAGCUUCAGCUCGUCACGGGCGAAAUGUGGCCAGCUACCCGAAAGCCUGAAGACGAUGUCGAAGCGGUAGAGAUGUCGAAUGUGGAGCAUAUCGGGCAGUAUGUGUAUGAGAUGACGACGACAAAGGUGGAGAGCAUGAAGGCCGCAAGAGGGGGCAUUAUAAAUAGAAAGUUGUAG